AAGACGUUAGCAUGUGCUUUACCUGGCUUUAUAAUGUUAGUAGAGAAGCUAGCUAAUAUUAGUUUGUUCGGCUAGCUGUAAAUCCGUCCCUCUGUACGGCUGUUAACCCCUGUAACAACUAAUGGCGCUAAGCGGCUAACGUUAGUGAAAUGUAUUUUUGAUUAGUUUAAAGUGAGUCAGUUUAGUUAUUCGCCCGCAUAAGCUAGUAGCUUUUUGCUGGGUUAGCCAUUAGCAGUGGACCUGAGACCCUUCACUGUCUGUGUCCGCGGUAUGGUUCAUCUGGCUGAUUGAUGGGGCUUUUAAGGAUCAUGAUGCCGCCCAAGAUCCAGCUUUUGGCUGUUUUGGCGUUUGGAGUGGCGAUGCUGUUUAUUGAGAACCAGAUCCAGAAUCUGGAGGAGUCACGAGCCAAACUCGAACGCGUCAUUGCCAGACACGAGGUAGCUGAGGUAGAGCAGCGUCACAACGAGGACGUCGGGCGGGAAUUAUCACCAGUGGCAGAAAAAGACGACACGGUCAUCAUCUACAACAGAGUGCCCAAGACUGCCAGCACAUCCUUCACUAACAUUGCCUACGACCUGUGCGGGAAAAAUCGUUUCCAUGUCCUGCACAUCAACACAACCAAAAACAACCCUGUCAUGUCUUUACAAGACCAGGUGCGCUUCGUCAGGAACGUCAGCUCGUGGAGAGAGAUGAAGCCCGGCUUCUACCACGGACAUGUAGCUUAUCUGGACUUCUCUAAAUAUGGUGUGAGGAGUAAGCCGCUGUACAUAAAUGUGGUGCGAGACCCCAUAGAGCGGCUGGUGUCCUACUACUACUUCCUGCGUUUUGGAGACGACUACAGACCUGGGCUUCGACGAAGAAAGCAAGGCGACAAAAAGACCUUUGAUGAGUGUGUGUCGUCCGGGGGGUCUGACUGUGCUCCUGAGAAACUCUGGCUGCAGAUCCCCUUCUUCUGUGGCCACCAUUCAGAGUGCUGGAAUGCAGGCAGUAGAUGGGCCCUGGAACAGGCCAAAUACAACCUGGUGAACGAGUACCUGCUGGUCGGAGUCACUGAGGAGCUGGAGGACUUCAUCAUGAUCCUGGAAGCUGCGCUGCCACACUUUUUCAAGGGAGCCACAGAGCUCUACAGGACAGGAAAGAAGUCUCAUUUGAGAAAGACCACUGAGAAGAAGCCUCCCACCAAAGAGACAAUAGCCAAGCUACAGCAGUCUGACAUCUGGAAAAUCGAAAACGAGUUUUACGAGUUUGCACUUGAACAGUUUCAGUUUGUGCGUGCCCACGCUGUCAGGGAAAAGGACGGGGAACUUUAUGUCCUGGCCCAGAGCUUCUUCUAUGAAAAGAUCUACCCCAAAGUGAACUGAGUGUAGCCAGAACAUAGUGACAAGGGCCACACAGGCAAAAAUUCUAUUACAAGUCGUAAACACUGGGACACAAAGAGAGACACUAAGUGAUGCUGCUGAACGUUGGAUUUGUUGUUCCUGUACUUUUCCUGGGAUUCUAAUUUUGACCCUGGUACAGUACAGAAAAGCCUUUUCAGGCCAUACAGUGGAAUUUCUAUGAGGAAUGUGUCUGUUCUUUUUUUAUUGCCGUGCAGCUGUUGAGAAAACCUAACAUGGAUAAAGUGUCUGAGCUGCGAGGAAGAAUUUCUGCUCAGUUCAGGCUGAAGCGGUUUUUGAAUGUGGUGCAUCUCAAAACCCAAACACAAGGAUUGUUAGGAAGCGAUGUCUUUGGUUUCUGGGUUGGACCACUGAGAUAAAAGCAGCAAACCUCAACAUGUUUUUCAGUUCACUGACGGAAAAUGGAAACGAGCUCAUCUGGUUUAUGUGUUUUUGUUUUUUUGCACACACGCUUUAGGUGCACCAGUACUUGUUUACAAAUUACAAAAGAAAUAACGGUUACAAAACAAAAGAGAAAACAAAGCUGCGUUUGUCAGAGUGUAUUAACAUGCAGUGGUAUGUUUAUGGACCAAAUGGUAGCAACAGAAAAUAGAUCGGACCAUUGCAUCCUUUGGUACGUGACUAGUAAUUUUUUAUCUCAAUUUUUUAGACGUUUAACACAUUGUAUGAAUAUUUUAUCACAGAGGUAGUGAUGUGUGUCUUUGCUAUGACUGAUCGCUGCUGUUUCUUAGCCUGUGAAAGGACGAUGAGGAGCAGGAGAAAGGCUCUGAUCACCAGUGAGAGGAUCGUGUGAGUACAGGGUUAAACUGAGCUUUGGUUCACAGGGUUAUUUCCAGCAGAGAGAGAAAAGGUGAGAGGUUGAACUGACAGUGCCUUUAUAACAAUGUACAGGACAAUAUAUUUUUCAUUUUCAGUGAUCCCACAGUCAUGUUUCCUCUUAUCUUGAUGCCUUCUUAUUAACGGCACUUCCUGUUUUUGUUUUUGUUCUUACCACAUGAACGGCCUAAACAUAAAGACAAACUGCAAAUAUCCGUGCUCAUUUCAUUCUCAUUGAGUCUGCUGCUAGUUGCUGAUUGUGUCUAAUGUGUGUUGGUGUCAUGUGAAUCAUGAUGGCACUGUCAUUUAACGCCGGGGGCCUCGUGAGAGGCAGACUUUAUAAAUGAGACU